AUGGCCUCGGACAUCCUGGACGUAUUCAACAUCAAGGAAGAGGCUCGCGUGCAGCCAAAGAAGCACGCACGUUCAGACAAUGACUUUGGGUCACAAUCCAAAAAGAAGAAGCACGCCAUGAGCAGAGAGCUGUACAACCUUAUUGGUUCCAAUUUGCCUCCUGUCGCUGUUGAAAAAGGCUUCAAGUUUAAAGACAAAAUCAACUCAGGGAAAGCAAGUCCGUGGGUUUGGGCACCUUUCAAAAAUGAGGCUAGAUCAGACGAGCUCGAGCUCCAUCACUGGGUGAAAGGACCCGUCGCGCCAUCAGACGAGCGAAGAUCAUACAAUUUUGCAAAAUACAACACCUCCCUGGAUAUUCCAUCAUUCAGCAAGGAAGAAUACGAUGAGAAGCUAAAGGAUUUGAGUGAAGACUGGACUUUCGAAGAAACCAAGUUUUUAUUUGAUCUGGCUAAAGACUAUGAUUUGAGGUGGGCAGUGGUAUACGACAGAUACGAAUUUCACAACGACAAACACAGAAGCCUCGAAGAUUUGAAAGAACGACUGUAUUCUGUGUCGGCGAAGCUUUUGAACUCCAACCCUGAUGGCACAAGAGAUGUUGCCUUGAUCAAAGGACUGGAAUCGUUCGACAAAAAACAGGAACUAGAAAGAAAACAGUAUUUGAACCGUUUGAUCCAUAGAGCUCCAACGGAGAUUGCCGAAGAAGAAUCAUUGGUCAUCGAGGCCCGGAAGUUCGAGCUGGCUGCGAAAAAGAUGCUCAUGGAAAGAGCACAAUUGUUGCAACUUCUUGACUCUCCCCAAUCUUCCGCCUCAAUUGAACAAUAUACCACCUCAUCUGGUCUCACCCAGCUUUACAAUUCUCUUAUGACUGUGGACAAGUCAAAGAAACGGAAACCAGAAGUUCCCGUUCCUCCUCAAUUGGGUCCAAAUGCCAUUCCUCACACGCAACAAAUACAACAAGCGCAACAACAGCAUUUGAUGAGACAACGCCAGGGCAAAAAGUCAUCUUUGUCGCAGAAGCUGUAUGGAGGCAAACAGGAGAUUUCACAACAGCAGGUGCAGUCUGAGGUUUGGCAGCUUUUACAAUCUAAACUUACGGCCGAAGAAAUGGAGGUGUAUGGAUUGAGGUUUCACGAUGAGAAGUUGCAACCUGGCGUUUAUAUCCGUUCUCAAAAACUGUCGAGUUUUAAGCCAGCAGUGCAGGCUAAGGUGGCGGAGGUUUUAAACGAAUUGCAAAUCUCCAUGAAGCCCACUCUACCAACAGCAAACGUUUGUUCGAAGUUCGAUCAGUUACUUCAAAGCAUUGCUACGUUGAUUGAUCUAAAGAAGCAAACUGAUAAGCUCAGCGGGGAAGUGGCUCUCAUUAAGAGUCAAAAAGGAAUUGAGUAG